AUGGUGAGCGAAAUGCGCGUGUGUGUGCUGUGCUUCAACAGCAAAACGUCAUAGACUCAAGACAGCCCAGUGCAUAAGAUCAGAAGUAAGGGUAGGCAAGGACGAAGUCUAAAAGUCCGCUUUCCACGCCAAAUACAACAGUCGAUAAAGGCUGCGUUAAUGCGGCUGAGGGGGGAAGGGACAGUGAUAGGCCCUUCGCCCUCACGCUUUUUGAGGAAUAUGCAAACGGCCGAAGACAUUGUAAUGUACGUUAGACAAAGGGACAUGAAAGACUGGCCGGGCUGACCUCAUGCACUCCUCCCCCCAUGCUUCAGUGGCCUGUCCGGGAGAGGGGGGUGCAAAGGGGCUGGGAUAAAGCGCACUGGUUGAGGUGGCGGGAGAACCUUACCUACACGACACGAGGUGNGCACGUUAAUUUUCCAGUUGGUGUCACCAGGCUGCCAUCAGACAAAGUGUCCUCGUGUAUAUAGGUGGCGCAAAAUGACCCAGACGGGUGUCACAUUAUCUGUUUGUAGAGAUGUAACUAUGAAGACGUUGCCACCAUCACGUUCCCCGAUCACUCGCUUCCUGCAUCAUCGUGGUUACUUCUUGUCUAGCUUGGUGACUACCCUCUCCUAUUUCGUCGCCUCCACUCUGCACCCUCCGGUUUCUACUUGGCCUCAGAGAGUCCCGUGCUCAACAUUUCCCGUGGUGGACAGUACGACCCUGCCACUCUCUCCCUCUUUCCGCAACGUGUGAGUGUUAAAUGCCGGUCAAACUACUCGGGUCAAUUGGCCACCACCCAACUCAUCGCUCAACGCUUUGCCGAUGGCCUCCCCAACUACGACUCCGUGCUGCGCAGACAGCGCCGGUCAUGUGACUACGAGAAGCCACCUGCCUGCUGUUUAGCAACCCUCGUGCCCCCUCUAGACUCUACGCAAUACUUUCAGACCGUUGCCUUUACAAAACUCUUACCUCUCGACUCCGCCCUCUCCCCUGAUGAUAAUGAUGAUUUGCACCCAGUUACCCGACAAAGCUGUGCAUUUUCAGACCCGGUAAGUGCCUCUAGUUUCCGCGCUACUGAUGUCUGGAUCACUAUUUUCCGCUCCUUUGUCUCCGUUUUUAAUUUCCAGGCUCGCCACGUCUGUCGUGUCCUGUGGAGAUCAUCUCUGACUAAAGUGAGGCGAGGGAGAGGGGCAACGCUGGCUAGUGGGUGUGUUGGACGUGGAUGAUCAAGGCUUGCGUAACAUCGGCCCCACAAGCUCCUUCCAUCUAAAGUGUUCUUUUGGCAUAACUAAGUCAUGACCAGUGAUGGCGACUCUGCCCACACUUGGAUUCCCGAGCAUUCUCGGCCUGAUUUUACACUACAGCCCCGUUAAGAGGGGGACAUAAUGAUCAUGCUAUCCAACCAGUUAAUGACCUUUUAAGGCGCAAAUUUCAGGGUCCGGUGAAUUAAAAAGGUAAUUUGGCGCGUGGUAGGCCUUCCGCUCGACUGAGGUCCCAGAAGCACGAUAGAUGACAUGAAGCCCAGUGGUUUGCACCCUCCUCUUACGCCUGUGUGCAGUACAAUGCUGGCCAGUCGGUGGGCUGGCACUUGUGCGGCCCGCAAGGGGGGCGGGGGACGAGUCUCCGCGCUCACCCUUUAGUAAUCUUGAUCGCGACUGAAUUCAGAAGGCGCAGCGAUCCUGAGGUCGAUGCUACACAAUUCUAUCUCACCGUAGCCAUGCGAAGUAUUGAUAAUUGUCGCCGACUGCAACGAAGAAAACAGCAUGCAGUUGAUGAUAUUGAACGCUGGCAAGGGUGCUGUCAAAGUUCAAUAGCACAUCACGCUUACCCCCUAGACUUGAUCUGUCCUUCGAUUGGGGCGUCACAAAAUUGUAGCCAGUCUUUUUUGCCCUUAAAAGGAUGCCACCCACUUGAGAGCGGUCUUCUCAGCUUUGUUCUGGCGCAGGACAGAAAUGAGCAUCUCUCUUUUGCCUUGCGGUCCCGUGCCUAGAGUCGAUCCAAACUGUUGUGCAACAACGAGCCCCUGAGACUGGGUUAUCGCUGACUGAUGACAACCAGCAAGAAGGAACCGGCAAUCUCACUUUUUGCCAGAAACACUUGAGAAAUGAUCGCCUGUCGCCACGCAACAGCCCCGAUGGUCUUAUACAGGUAGAUCUACUACAAAGCAAAAAUGCUAAUCUCCACCCUCUAAUCACAGCAGACAAAUAUCAGACGCUACUUGGAUUUGACCUGACACAUUCCCGAUCUCGGCCGCCAAGACGCGGACCCUGUGGCCCAUAUAGUUAGAAUUGAACUUAAAUUCCUACCGACCCACUUGGUGUACGGGUUCAAAUUUCGGGUGUGUCAGUACCUGGACUUGGGGCAUCAGAGGUGGGCGACGACAAAUUAGUCAAAAACUGUGUCCAUAGUUUUUUCUACUAGAACUUCUGAAAAUACUGCCACUAUGCGGAGGUAUUCUGAGGAGAUUACUAUUUUCAGCUAAUGCAUACAGUUUCCCACGCAGGUCAAUGCGUGCCUUUUUUAGCCUCCCCCCUGCCCAUCUAACUAUAAUUUUGAUAGACUAGCCCUUGUCUGCUUAUUUAACUUGUUAGUUCGUGUGUUUUUAUUGCUGUUAUUUUAUCCUUAGCGCGUCCUCUGCGCUUUCCAAAUGCACCACAUAAGAGCAGCCCACAAUGAUCCUUGCCGUUUUAGUUGGAAGCCCAUAGAGGACUAGCGUUAACCAAUGACAUCAAAUACAUUAUGGGAACAGUUUUUGACCUCAUGUCUCUGUGGCAUGACGUGCUAGGUAAACCCCCAAACCUUACAGGAGUACGCCUAUGCACUCUUAUAGAAGUCUUCCACUGUCGCUUGAUUUAGUAUCGCAGCGCAGAUGACUGACUACUGACUAACAAAACGAAUUCAACAACGUUAAGCGGAGAACCAAUAAAAAAAUUUGAAGGUUAAAACAUCCAUCGCUACUUGCAUGGUCAACUCCCAGAAAACUACUGAUUUCUCAUGCCCAGUAAAAUACGGGAAAAAUAAGAAAGUAAAAUAAAAAUGAAAAAUAAAGGAGAAAUAAGAAAGAAAAAUAAAAGAAAAAAGAAAUAAAAUUGACAAAAUCUCAAUCGCAAUUACGUUUUCGGGUGACGUAAGGAAGCAAAUAAAGUGUCGAAUGAAGUAUACAAAGAGGACGAUGCAUGACGAGGUACACACAAAUGGCAGGUUUUAUCGUCAAUUAGUAAAACGUUACACCCCCAGGCAACUCUCGUCCUGGUGCUGACUCGAAUAAACGACUUCUCCAAUUUAAGUCGAGUGUUGCGUCACCUGGGUUACCAGGCCAUCGACUAGAGCUCCACAAGUAGUAGAUAUUCCCUGGUCUCUGACCUACAAAACUGCCCUUUUUGGGAGGUAUCGAUUUCUUUUUCAUAGCCCGCAUUGGCGGUCCCUUGGUAGCUCAGUUACCGGGGUUCUAGAGGCUAGCUGUUCGAGUUCACCCCAGAGCGUAAGUUUUCUGGUUACGUAGGCUUUGUGUUUGCAAUAGCCUGCGACGGCAAAAAGUCACUACUGCUUCCGUGGUCUACAAAUCAUGGCAUCUUUCAUCCACUACUUUCUAGUGAUUUCACUCUUUUCCGGGUAUUUAUUUUCGGCCCUUUUCUGCGCAUCACAGCAGGCCGACAAUCUGGACGACCGGUACCAGAGCCUUGUGAUCGAAGAUAUCGGCGGCAUAGAUGGCAUCAAGCGGGUGCUCUUUGCCUAUGGGGCUUCAAGUCACUGGUCUGUCCACCUCCUGCUCAUGGACGCCGUUCGCUACCUUCUCAGCUCAGUAAAUCGAAAGGGACCAUUGGAGGCCUUGGAAUUUGGUACGUUUUUUGUGGCCACAGCAAGAGAAUGAGGUUUUGGAUAGGGUCUACAGACACUUCCGUUCCCAUCAGUUUUUUUUUACAGGGAAAUAUUAUUGCCUGCUCUUUUUCACUGAAGGCCGGGGCCAAAAUCCUUCAUACGGGCGAGGGAGGGGAUAGUUCUUUCCUGGAUGAAGUCACGGUGGUUACCGGAUGUCGCAACAUAACCCAAUUCGACAAUAACUUGUAGUUAGGUCCCUUCACCCUCCCCCCCUCUCCCUUUUGUAACUUCACAUCGGCGGUCAUCAUAAUUUGUUAGCGGAAUUAGAGACUUCAGUCGAUGUUUAAUGUUUCAACUUAAACUUCAGACUGUUCCAUCUUUCUUUACUCGUGUAGUUCACCGAAACUUAAGUGGGCAGUCACUCCUUCCUGCUUUGUCCGGUAUAGGCUUUAAAUAUUCAUAUUCCAGCUUACUUACCGCUCUAAGACAGAGGCUGAGUGUUGGCAGAGGAACUGACUACAGUACAAGUACACUUUACCCUUUGUCAGUACUCCUGAACUGCACACUGUUAGCGGGCGCGUAAACUGCAAAUGUCAUUAUUUUUGCACGUUUCAACCCCUGUAGAUAUCGGCUACACUCGGUGGGUUCACGUCGAUAUCGAUGACAUAUUUGUGGCCAGUCCCGAAAGCCAGCUCUAUCCAAGCGACGUUGAGGUGAGUUCAUGCCUUGUUUCAAUAUCCUCCGUUUUUGCAUGCUAUCCGGUGAGCCGCGGCUUAACUGGGUUUUUGGGCAGCCCCACAACUGUGAGUAGCGUUCACUGGCUGAACUUGCCGGGAGCCAGUGACGCUAAGAUGAGCGAUCUCCCGCCCUGGUCUUUGUCAGGGAGUCUUGUUGGUCUGACUUGCCCUCUCGCCCUCUCCUCCCCAUUUUAGCCACAUUCUCCUCCAGCUCCUUACUUUCGUCCUGUUUUUUUUCCGUUAUCCCCUGCGUCUGUUGAUAAUGGCGGCGGCGGCGGCGAUUAUUCAUGAAAGCACCUGUCGUCAUUCUCAGCCUCUUAGACCACCAGGCUCAUCACCUCAAUUUGUUUUGCAACUUUCGUACUCCAUUGCGUUUUAAAAUUGACUGUCUUUUGCAUGUGCUCUCUCUCCCCUUUUGACUUCUCUAUCUUAAUUCAUCGUUUUUAUCCUAAAAAAUGUAACUUCGGCGUAGUUACGGUAAUGAUGAUAAUAACAACUGUCACGAAAUCGCCUUUGUCAUCUACUCUAGUUGAAACAACAUUUCCUUUCGGUACACAUCCUUAGAUCUCGAUUAUCAAGGACAUAUUUAUUAGGUAAUAUAUAAUGUGCUAGGGGGACGCUCACCGAUCGUUCUUACGGAACUCACUCGUUCCGUUGUACCUUACGGGCUCUCUCUCUCUCGAGCCCAAUCAUCAACCUCACAGCGGCGCAUGAUUUAGUCAGAAUAGCAUUACCGACAAAGACAAGGGAGACUGGAAUGGCCGUUUCUGGCAUAUUAGCCGUCGUCAGCCAGUCAUAACCAACCCCGAAGUGUGGAACACCUGCGGUCAGAGACGUUAGACUUCUAACUUCCAGGUCGCAGGAUCGAGCCCCAGGUGUUGCACACUUCGGGGUUGGGUAUGGCUGACCGACGGCGGCCUAUAAGCCAAAAAUGGCCAUUCCAGUCUCCCUUGUCUUUGUCGGUAAUACCAUUCUGCCAAUAUAUAAUGUGUGGGCAUAUGCUUUUAUUACAAAAACAUACCUACUUGCUCUGUUUAAGUAGGCACGUCACGCUAGGGUCUAUCGCAAUAAGGCGUCUAAAGUUAAAAUUGGGAUCUAUGAUUGGGGCUCGGAUUUUGCGGUUAGGGCUAGCACUUAGGGUUAGGAGCAAAGGUCUUGAUUGCGAUUGGUUGAAGGUGAGGAUUAGGGUUGGGGUUAGGGUUUAGGUUUCCCUGCCGCAUACCGUCCUAUCCAACCCGACCAUAAUUAACCGAUAAAUACGGAUUUCCUAUUUUCCAAUUGUUUAUGCGCUGUUAGUUGGCAUACAUCAAAUUGCCCGUCUGUUCCGGCACCGUUUUGGAGUAAUGGAACAAACAUAUGCCAAAAGUGCGAGUAUUCUUAAUGCCCUCCGCAGACUUCGCUAAUUGCCUCAUUCAUCUGCCUUACUGACAACACUUCUAUUAACAUCCUUCCCUUUUUACAGGAGUCUUUAUUGUUCUAUUUUCUCAAUGAACUUACAUAUUAGUUCCCUGCCAAUUAUUGCCUGUACGUAAAUUUGGUUGUUGGUAGCCUUUCAAUUAGCUACUAAGGUCUUUGUAGGAGCUCAUUUAGCACAAUUGUUAUUUGCCUCAAUAUUGAGCCAGGAAGUGGGGUACCCCUGAACGAGACCCAACCGUUGGCUUAGCUGCUCGCUAGCCAGAGCAGCCACAUGUGGUGGAUAGUGGUACAGCCUUCAACGAAGGUCAGCCUCAAGGCAAGUGGACUCAGCGUGUGUGAUGGAGAAGUGGGUGGGGAGAUCCUUCUUCGAAUGAAGGCACCACUAGCCCCUCUGCCGAGCUGCUGUCCAGCAAACGACGACUUAGCCGAUCGGAGGACUAUGGUCCGCGCGCUCUUGUUGGACUUACCGAGGAGCGAUGGCGUCUGACAGCAGCAACAGCCCACGUUACUGAGACACCAAGGCGGUUAAAACGAAACGUAGUGUAGCAGUCUUCAGACAACUUUCGACUGAAACUUCAGAUGCUGGGAUUCAGUCUUUGAAUAAAACUUGUCUGGGUUCCGAGACCCUUCUCGGUUUUUGCACACAGAGAAUUAACAACAUACUUCUUUUGUAAACUGCUCCGAUCGGGUGGGGGGGGGGGUUCAGGUGUUCCUUCUUACGAGUUGUCUUUGGCUUUUUUUCUCUUCAUUGGGGCUUUCCGCAUUUUCCGGAGAUUUUACUCGCGCGUUACCCCCCAACCAUUGUAACUCUCUUGUUUGUGAUCGCGCACAUGUCUGGGCAAAUUUCAAGCAUCUGCAAGGACUCGCUUCGAUGGGUGUCAAGGUCAGCCAGUGUCUGUUGUUGCUGACUAAGUCCAGAACAACUGCUGUCUCAUCCUUCAUCCACCUUUGUCUAUUCACCGCCCCUUGAUCGUCCUGCUGCUCGUCAAUCAGUCACCUGUCCAUCAUCAAUACCAUGGAAUGUUGGAUCUUAUUUACCCUUGAGAAGUCAGACGAAGCUCCAUUAGAAGCUGGGAGGUCCUUGUCGUACCCUUUUGUUUGUGUAAUAAAUGCAAAACAGAAGGCCGACUGCAAGUAGAACGUGUAAUGAACACAGGAGACAGCACAAGCAGUAAGUCCUAGAAAACACGACGUGGUACAUGGCAUAAGGAGGCGUCAGAUUGUACGGUGGCCAGUCAGCACUUAGGCGUUCUGAUCACGCAUCCGUGACCUUCAACAUCCGCUCGUCACGCGUAAGUGUUUUGAUGUCCAAGACGCAGUGCGGACAGCAUGCAGUGCAAUUUGUAUAACAUGUAAUUAAUUAAAAUGCGACUAUAAGGUUCAGUCUGGUCCGCCCUACCAAACACAUCUAUGGGGCUCAGUGCGUUUGGCGUGGUUACGGUUGAAGUAGACGGAACCUAUAGCGCUGCCAGGAAAGCUUGAACCGACAGCCGCGGUCAGCAUGACUCUGUACCAGGCCCUUUGUUAAAAUUGUCACCGAGGUUGGAUGAUUACGGAAGCUUUCGUUUUAUUGACCUCCAGGCCCUGCUGACGGUCCAACGAGAAUGGCGGAAGAUUAUACCAGGAUUUACAUUCAGCUUGGGUUUUUCCGGUGGACACUACGGACAUGGAUCAGCUGUCGGGCGCGCUGGUGACGCCGAACUUCUUCGUGAGUCAGAUUCUGUCCAGUCGUUUGUAUAUUGUCCCUCUAGUCUCGCCUAGAGGCUUUCAUCCGCUUGCCCUCUCCCCCCUUCAUUCACUUCUGACAAUUCCCCUGUCUUGCACACCUGAAAUUUUUUAUCCAGCACAUAGUGAUCACUCCUACCUUCUGGUUUAUUUGAAUUCUACUUAUGAGGUUGUCAAUCGGCCACACUAACACACUUUUGAAUGGAAUAAAAUUUGAAAACUGUGAAGUUGAAUCAGUCUGUGUUUGAGGCCGGGCGCAGUAUUUUUCGUGCCGUUGUCCUGGUGGUUCAGAGGUUGUCGUGUCUUCGCUUAGUAUUUGCUAAUCUUCUGAUUUCAGUACUGUUCCAUGCCACCUUUGGAAGAAAAUGUCUAUUUCUUAAGCCCAGUUUAUCCUGUCCGGCGAGCGUAAAUCUAUCCCUUUUUCCUUAUUACUGUAGAGUUUUUUAAGGCUCCAUAUUAUUCCACCGUUUCAAACAACUUCCCAUAUUUCAAGUAUACUAAUGAUGUAGUUGUCAAUCGCACUGACAAAAGCAGGGCUGAUCUCCAAAGUCUCAGGGAAGACCAAUAUCAUGCCUCAGCGUAAUCAGGAGUCGGUUCAGUGUCAAUAGAAGCGAAAAUGCGAUCCCGAGGUGACAUAUCAAGAGAAAAGGAGGCGUUCACCGCGAGAGGUUCAGUGUGUUUCCGAAUAAAGUAGUCUCCCGACCCAGACCUCUUUGCCAUUCUUCCUGCUAAUGUCGCUUCUUCCUGGUAGUUUGAUAUUACCUGGUCUUCCAAUCUCCUAUUCUUCCUUCAUUUCGAAUUCACUUUUUGUAAAUUUCGUAGGUUUACUUAUUAUGUUCGUCAUCCACGUUCCUAGCAUGCCCACAGCCCUUAUUUUAGCAAGCUAAAGACGUCUGUAUUCUCUUACUCUUCCAUCUCUGCUAAUAAGAGACACGCUCAUUAUAGGACGUGUCCCUCACUUGCUCGUGUCUGCCGUCCUUGUCUCUUAUUUCUGUUUCCUCGAUAUCAUAGUUCGAUGGAAUUUUUCAAUGAUCAAUUUUCCGACCGAUUUCGCGAUAAUCCUGCCCACCCUCCUCCCAUUCUGAUCUUAUUGCUGCCAAGUCCUUCCGUCCAGUCCUGCGUGGCUUUAGCCAUAUCUCCUGCGUACGUCGGCAUAUAUUGUCGUUGACACGAUUUUUGAUCUGCAAUGAGACCGAAAUACGAGAAUCAGGAGUGGACUUGUUACCAUGGUGAUUAGACCGUUUAAUGUUGGCAUUUUUCUCGGUAUCGAGCCACUUGUAUCUUGACCCUUGGCGCAGGAGAGUGUUUCUACCGAAAAUGUUGUAAUCUCGGUUUUAAGAUGAAGCCUAUUCUCCCCUCGCCCUCUCCCCUGCCCUCUGUCCUCCAUCUCCGUUUCUUCCCAACAUCAUCCUUCUGUUCCUUGUCUUCUUUUCCCCUCAUUCCCCGCUCCCUCGAAAUAUUUUACUUCUGCUUUCCUCUUCCGUCAACUACCGUCGUUUCUGUCACGUCCCCUUCGUUUCUUUUGUGAGAAGUCAUCUUUGCUCCACCUUUCCCUAUUUUCUUAUUUUUUACUUCCGUUCCCUCUCUUACAAUACAUCCUUCUUUGCAUUUGCUUUUCCCUCUUUCUAAUAUUAUUGUUAACCUCCCUAUUUUGCUUCCUGGGCCCGAUUUGACUGACGCAUAUGGUCUUUGUCAAGUUAACUUUCAUUUUAUUUUUACAUUUUGAACGUCUUUGCAUCGCUGAUGAGCUCAGACGGGGAUCGGGAAAGACAGAGGUCUUAAGGAAACUGUGGACAAUCUUCAUUUUCAGAAACCCCACCUAGGCUGAAUCGCAUGGUCUUCGUGGGGGACCUAGUAGUCUUUAUCCUAUUUUUAAGACAGAUAGUUGUGAAAACGUUUGCCGUCUUCUAUCUUUUAGGUUAUGCUCGACACUUCAAGUGGUUUUGCCACACCUGGUCCCACAGCCAACCACACCUCCUAUCAGAAUCCGAUCUGCUCGAUCAGCUGAUGAAAAACAAGGAAUUUGCAACGGUACGGCCGUUUUUUCUCUUGAAAAUGGCAUUAUCACUUAAUUUUUCCACAGCAGGGGUCAAAUCAACAGGGGCUGUUCCAGCCACUGCGUUUGUGCUCGCUAAAGUAGCCGAUUGAACCGUCAUCACUCUGUUGCAGGUAGUCGUAGUGAUCUGGCUCAUAAGGCGCAGGCAAGGUGUAGGAGCCAUUCCAGUCUCCCGUCUUCCGGCAUCUGCUUGUCGACGGCCCCACAGACUGCAGUACCCUCGAUAUCAUGAGCUCUUUCUCGAUCCCUCCAACGACUGUCUUCUCCUAUUUCUUUACUCCGCCGUCUAUGGUAAAAGACCGCAAUGAACCAAUUUUAGUCCUUCUCAAGCAGUCUCCACCUGCCCAGCAAAAAUCGACCGCGAACUGGAACCAGUGCACUCAUAUGAGACAUGCAUAAAUAGGCAUGUGGAUUUAGAUUCCACAUACGAAAUUUCCAAGGACAGGUGUGGAUGAACUCAGUCAGUUCAGAUUGGGCGACGGGAUGCAAUAGCCGUUCAUUGGUGCGGACCUCGGCCAGCCAUAUAAGAAUUUGUUAGACACGGCCAAAAGUGAAGUGUUUUUGUACCUUUCCCAUACGCCUGAUCUCGAACAGUUUCGCAAUCAACCUCUUUAACCCCAGAUUACUUUGACCUAUUUUGAAUCAAAUAUCUUGGGGUGCCUGUUAUCCAACGGACCUGUGACUCAAUGGUAGAGUGUUGGACCAAAGAGUCGAGGCUCGAAUUCUAAUGCAAAAUUGGGACUGCGUUUGGCUAACUGAAGAUAGCUAAUAAGCCAGGAUUGACGGUCUCAGACACCCUGGUCUUUGUCGGCACUUCUGCACAUGUGUAUUUGUAUGCAGUAAACAUUCGAAUUUUCAUGGCAUGCUAUGCACUAAGUUAACAGACUUACCUACGCAACCUCCCUCUCCCACAUAAUCUGUUCAUCUUUUUUUGUUUCUCACAAAUGCCCCUCUCCAGGUCCACAAUCUGCCAAUUCAGGAGGGUUAUGCCGUUGCCCCGCAUCACUCUGGCGUGUAUCCGGUUUUGCCUUCUUUGUUCAGAGCCUGGAAGAAGGUGUGGGGCAUUAACGUUACCACAACGGAGGGCUAUCCUCGCCUCUUUCCUGCCUGGAAUCGGCGCGGCUUCGCCUACGACGGCGUCCAGGUGGUACCCAGUGUCUUUGUUAGCCUGUUUGAAAAGGAUUAUCCAUGCUUCGCAUUUUGCCUUUCUCAGCAACCGAUUUCGAUGAAGUCUUCCGCCCGUGUUUAG